UUCGCCAUGUCUCUCCACCGCAAUCCCCCCUUCCGUGUUGAGCACGUCGGAUCUCUUCUCCGUACUGAUGAACUCCUCAAGGUGAAGGCUGCCUAUGAGAAGGGUGAGGUCCCUCACUCUGUUUUGGAGGCUGUUGAGAAGAAGGAUAUCAAGGACGUUGUUGAGCUCCAGAGGGAGCUUGGUUAUCCGGCUCUUUCAGAUGGAGAGUACUGCAGACACAUGUUCUGGGGCUCGUUCUUCCCUGGUCUAGAUGGAUUCGAAGAGGUUGCGGAUAUUGACAUUGGAAAUUUCCGUCCCUAUGCUCCUGACGUUGCUGCUUUCCGUGAAGCCGAGCAUAAGCCCUGUGAGAGCAUUGUUUGUACUGGAAAGAUCAAACAUGUUGGCAGCACAUAUGUCAACCAAUUCAAGUACCUGGCUAGCCUGGUUGCGCCGGAGGAGGUUAAGAAUCUGAAGCUCACCCUCGUUGCUCCUAGCUGGUAUCACCUGCGCUACAAGGAGGGCAAGGCCUACCCCAAGGAUGUGUAUAACUCUCUUGAUGAGUACUUUGCCGACAUUGCCAAGGCUUAUCAGGAUGAGCUCCAGAUCCUCUAUGAUGCUGGCUGCCGUAACGUCCAAUUCGAUGAUCCUAAUCUUGCUUUCUUCUGCUCUGAGACGAUGCUUACCGGGUGGAAGGAAGACUCCCUGAACAUCUACUCCGCCGACGAGACGUUCGAGCUGUACAUUAAGCUGUUCAACGACUGCGUCGCAAAGCGCCCCGCUGACUUCCACAUCGGUGUGCAUCUCUGCCGGGGUAACUUUGUGGGCAGCCGUCACUUCUCCGAGGGUGGCUACGACCGCAUCGCCACCAAGCUCUUCAACGAGCUCAACGUUGACACCUACUACCUCGAAUAUGACACUCCCCGUGCCGGAGGGUUCGAGCCCCUCAAGGAGCUUCCCAAGAACAAGAACGUCAUCCUGGGUGUGGUGACCAGCAAGUUCCCCGAGCUCGAGGAUAAGGAGGAGAUGAAGAAGCGUGUCUAUGAUGCUGCUAAGUUCAUCGCCGAGGGCAACGAUGUCUCCGUUGAGCAGGCCCUAAACCAGGUUGGUGUCAGCCCACAGUGUGGGUUUGCUAGCCACCGUGACGGCAAUGCCAUUGACCGCCAGGGCAUGAUUAACAAGCUGAAGCUUGUCCGUGAGAUUGCUAACGAUAUCUGGCCUGGCCAGCUUUAAUAGCAUCCAAAUACGAGAGACACAUGCAGUAAGUGCUGUGAUGACGAUGAUAUGAAG